UGUUGAUGAAAAUCAGUGUGUUAGAGGCUGCAGAAGACCUAAACAGAGUCACCAUGAAGCUGGGCUGUGUCCUCACAGCUGGGGUCCUCUACUUUUCUCCUACCAUGCUCUGGGCAGUACAGAUGCUACUGGCAGCUGGAUGUCAUGCUGCUGCCCGCUUUGAGAUGCUGCAAUGUGAAGGACCGGUCAGGACCCAGGACAGCAGCUGCGAUUCCCAGGAGGACUUCACAGCCCCAGGGGAAGUUGACUUCCAGGUCAAGGGCUACACUUUCAGUAAACCCUUCCAUCUGAUUGUGUCAUACGACUGGCUGAUCCUCCAAGGUCCAGUCAGCCCUAUAUUUGAAGGAGAUCCAUUGAUUCUACGCUGCCAGGCCUGGCAAGACUGGCCAUUGACCCAAGUGACCUUCUACCGAGAUGGCUCAGCAAUGGGUCCUCCUGGACCCAAGAAGGAACUCUCCAUUGCUGUGGUACGAGAGGCUGACAGUGGGCACUACCACUGCAGUGGCAUCUUCAGAAGCCCUGGUCCUGGGAGCCCAGAAACAGCAUCUCCUGUGGCCAUCAAGGUCCAAGAACUAUUUCCAGUCCCACUUCUCAGAGCCACCCCCUCAGCUGAGCCUCAAUAUGGAGACCCGGUGACCUUGAGUUGUCAGACAAAACUGCCCCUGCAGAGGUCAACUGCCCGCCUCUUCUACUCCUUCUAUAAGGACAGCAGGAUAGUGCGUGACAGAGGCCUCUCCCCAGAACUACAGAUCCCCACAGCUUCAGAGGCACACUCUGGGUCCUACUGGUGUGAGGCAGCCACUGAGGACAACCAAGUUUGGAAACAGAGCUCCAAGCUGGAGAUCCGGGUACAGGGUCCCUCCAGCUCGACUGCACCCCCCACCUUGAAUCAACCUCCUCAGAAAUCAGCUGUUCCAGAACCUACUCCAGCAGCCUCCCCUGGACCUCAGCCUCCACUGUCCACCCCUUCAAAGGAUCCAGGCUUCUCCGCUCCUGCGCAGGUGUCAGAUCCCCAUCUGUAUCACCAGAUGGGCAUUCUUCUCAAACAAAUGCAGGAUAUGAGAGCUCUCCUCGGUCACCUGGUCACAGAACUGAGGAACUUAUCUGCCCUCCUGAAGCUUGAGACCACAAAGGGUUCUGCCAAAUAUGAGUAAAUAAUUCACUUGCAGUGUUGCUCAACUACUCCCAAUAAAUUUGACUUUUUCUACUUUU